AAUUAGUGUGUUCCACCUCCUCGUGUGAGCGGAGGGUAUUCAUCCACGCGGAUGUAACACCCCAAAUGGAUGGCUACCCUCGGCUCCGGUGCACCCCGGGCAACGUGUUUAGAGACUGGCAUCAUUGCCUACUCUCUAACCACGGCUAAGAGGACCACUCGAAAUGCCGUCGGUGAUUGUGGGUUUAGCCGUCGGUUGUUACAAACCCACCUGCGCUAGGACCUGCGCAGUUGAGCGCCGUACGCAGGGAUGAAGGAGUCCUGGGGGGCUGAGCCGAGCGUCACAUGGGUUUUAUUUGGUGGCGUAAGGCAACACUCCCCCUUUGGUCUGGAUUUCAGGCAAAACGGUAGCCCUGUCCGCUAGCCACGGGCAGGGAAAUGGCCACGCGUCCCGUCAGAGGGCCGCAGGCGAGGUGGGUGGGGUCUGCAGUGUGCCUCGGGGCACCCUGUAGUGGCAAAGGCCAUGCUGACGGCGUAAGUGAAGGUUGUGCACGUGGACAAGUCGGGCUUUACUAUAUUGGUAAACCCGGCUGCCAACCUGAUCGAGCGCCCGAUGUCGCGCUGUAAGCCAGCCCUGCCCACCUAUAUCUCCUCGGUACUCCUAGCGUCCGAAUUUUUUAUGAGUAGGACGUUCCCAAAGGUGCGGGCUCCGUGGAGGGCGGGAAGCCGGGGGGAUGAAAAUUUUUCGAGCAGGCUAUGGAUCAAACAAAGCCCACUAAACAAGACAUGACAAAGACGUCUGGUUCAUCCCAGGUCUCAGCAAACAACAGCUCUAACACCAAAGCAUCUGGCGGGAAGGUCUUGACCGACCAACCAGAUAAAACCGCGACCAGCAACAAAGAUGAUAACUGGUCCAUCACAACGGCGGAAGCAACUAAAACGCGCACCCCCGAUACCACACAACAAGCGACGGCAAGACGACCCUCACCACUCAGGGACGACAAAGACCUCGCGAACACAUGGCAAAUAGUAAGUCGGAGAGCCAAGCCUAAGGCUCCAAGACCUACUGUUACGGAAACAACUGGUCCUAAGGAAACCAAGCCAGCUGGUGAGAAGAAAAGGUGGAAGCGGCUCACUAAGAAACAACGCCUGGCACGAAAAGCCCGAGUACCGGAGGCCACCAAGCCACUAAAUUCCGAAUCGGCAACACCCAAACCAGGCACCGGUGACCAAAAAGCAACUGGUACGGACCCUAGGUCUCCAGAGCUGGUCACUGGUGCAGGGAAAGGCGUGGAACCGAAGAGGACUGAGGUGGCGAGGAGGCAUGGGAAUGUGGCACGUGCUCCCAAACGAUCACUGAACUCCUCGACGUCACCGAGAGGAGAAUACAAAAAGGCCAAACUUAACAAAUCGUCCAAGAAAAUUGAGACAAUCAGCUACAGCGCGGCAGCGAGUUCCGACCUAAGGGUCGCGGUUGUUAGUGCCCCAACAGGACUUCUGACUAGGGAAAUAGCAAAAAAAUUCCUAGAAGAGCUCCAUGAAGAGAUAGUUAACUUCGCUUGGCAACCUGAAGGUGCGGGCGAAGAACCUGACAUGCCGGUCUUCGUUGGCAAACCGACUUUCGUCGAGGGAGCCAUAAGAGUCUGGUGUGAGGACCAAUAUACAGUGACCUGGCUCAAGAAAGCGGUGGAAAACCCUAAAUUGAACCAAGGAAAAACACUUACUGUAGUUAGGCAGGCUGAUCUUCCGCGGCGGAUCCGUUGUGGUAUUUUCAUACCCAAUGGUGAAGCCAAGUGGAAAAAGUCUAUAGACAUAGGACGCAUGUUAUACCGCCAAAACAGAUGGGUAUCCAUCAAGGACUGGCUUCUUCUUGAAGCUGAACAACAGCAGGAAGGUUGGUUCGUGAAGCUGACCAUCCCAGAGAAUCACAUACCUACCUUACUAGCCAGGGGGAGACGACUAGGAUGUUGCCUUGGCAGCGUCUACGUGAAAUUCCUGGGCAAAGGAGGCAGGUAUUAUGACACACCCCAACACAACACUCAACAGUCCUCCAGAAGACCUGACCAAAAGCAAUCCACGCCGAACACCUACGUGGACGUAUCAACAGCCACCACUGUGCAGACGUCAGGUACGAAGGAGAGCACUGUUGAACCCACACCAGGACCAUCAGGACUGCAGACAGGGUCGGCGCCGACAGCCGAGGAAUCGGCUGACUCCCUGUCAGCCGCUUCUCUCUCUGACGGUGACGAUGCGGGAGCACUGCUGGCGGGCCUUUAUAUCGAUGAAGAGGAGGACGAAUUAAAGGCUCGCCAGAAUGCCGUGCCCUUCGUCGAAUAAAAACACCCCAACACACAUUACACAAAUAAACCUCCACCACAGCGAAGCUGCUACGACACAAUUGCGUAAGCGGGUGGAGGUUCAACACAAUUUCAUCACCCUCAUUCAAGAACCGUGGAUUAGGGCCGGCAAAGUGCAAGGCCUAUCCAACACAAAGGACUACUGUUCCAGAGACAACUGCGCCAUCAAAGUGACAGAUGAACAAGGGAGGGAGUUCGUAAUAACCUCAACCUACAUGCCGGAGGCCGAGGACCCACCCCCUGCUGAGCUCACAAGGUUAACUCACUAUUGUGAGUCAGAGGGUCUGGAGAUCCUGAUUGGCGCCGAUACAAAUGCCCACCACCAGCUGUGGGGCAUGGAUAGAAGCAACGACAGAGGUAAGAACCUUGUUGAAUUUCUCUUUACAACUAAUUUAAACAUAGUUAAUUUCGGUUCCGAACCAACAUUCGUAACCAGAAGAUUUAGAACAAUUAUAGACCUUACUCUCGCAACAAGUGGCAUAUCCACUCAUAUCCGUAAAUGGCAUGUCUCCGAUGAGGCCUCAUGCUCGGACCACAGAUGGAUAUGCUUUCAAUUACACACAGAUAUAACAACUCAGGUCCAACCGAAGAGAAACCCCAAAAAAACCAACAAAAAACUUUUCACAAAAUCGCUGGCUGCUAGGUUGAACAGAGUGGAGUAUAUCCCACUGGCAACAAGCACACAACA